GACACAAUUUUGAAAAUGGUUUGUCAGAUAGAGAAAAUUCCAUAGAGGAAGAGGACAAACAAGCUCAUGUGAUAUCUCAACAAUUACCAUUAACCAAUCUUGUCCCAUUGUCAAUACAUUCCAAGCUGUCUUCUUAGCUUCUUGAUAAUCCUAAUGUCAUUCUUUUCACCAAAGAUAAUACCUUUACUAUUUCUGUGCCAAGAAUAGUCAAAAGGGUGUCCACACCAUUCAUUAAUGGCUUCCACUUCCACAAAGUCAUUCUUGAUUCCACUCAUGAUUUUGUUGAUUUGCCAAUCUUUUUAUUCUUCUGUAGCUAGCAUGCCAGCUUCAACUAUUUCAGCUGCACCUGCAUUGCCACCAAUAUCUUCUUCACCUUCACUUUCUCCAGAUAUAACUCCUCUGUUUCCUUCACCUGGUGGCUCAGAGCUUGCUCCAAGUGAUUCUUCACUGCCCACUAUACCUUCAACUCUCAGCCCACCAAAUCCAGAUGCUAUGGUUGCUCCUGGACCUUUCAUGCCAUUUCAGCCUUCUGCCUCGUUCUCAUUUCACUCUGCAAUUCCUCUAGCAUCAGUUUUUAGUGCAAUUCUGGUCUUUUGUCUGUAAUUUCUGCUGCAUUGUUGGUACAGAUUGGAUUUUGGUAUAAUUUAUUGUUUUAGUAUUAAAUAUUCACACCAUGUACUACAGCUUUAUUCAUAUUGUUUUUGCUUAUCAGAGUAAAUAAUCACUUA